AUGGCCAGAAACAAAUAUCUUGAACAUAUUGGCAAAGUAACGGUUUCACAUGAACUUGGACCAGAAAAAGGCACAAUCGAAUUCAAGCCAGGUACAACCUUUGGCGGUGAAGGAUUGCGAAAAAGGGUUGAGAUCCAAGUUAUGAAUGAUGAUGGUGAAGUACAAGCAACUGUGGUUGCCAAAUGGGAUAGCGGAUUAGUUCAGUCAGACACAGAUGAGUGGGUGUUUGAAGCCAAUCCAAUGCCUGAGUUUCCAUUGGAUUAUUAUGGCUUUAGUCAAUUUGCAAUCAAAUUGAACAAGAUCACCGAAGAUUUGAGACCUGAAUCAAGAUUGGCACCAACAGACUCAAGGUUAAGACCUGAUCAACUUCUGAUAGAAGAGGGGAAGAUUGACAAAGCUGCAGCCUUUCCGGGAUCUGAAGAUUGGAUUUAUAAGGGUGGUUAUUUUGAGAACAUUGAGAAAACAAAACCUGAAUGA